CAGCGAAAAGAGUAUCCGAGUCACUAUUACAUCAGGCACCUGUGUUAGGAGAUUGGACUGUAAUAAUUCACCAUGGCUUAUGGCCUGCCAAGAAAGAACACAGUGAAAACCAUUCUGCGGGGCAGUUGUUACACAGUACAGGAACCUUGGGAUCUUGCACUACUUACAAAGACCUGGUACAUGAACCUAGCCAAAAUCAAGUUGCCUUUCUUGGAAGAAAUUACAUUUGGUAGUCCUGUAUACCUCAAAAAAUGUAUAACCAAUAAGGAAAGUCUCCUCCCUUCUGCAGAAUCCAUCAAAUAUGAAAGGGAGUAUGAAAUGAAGCGUCUGAAUAACCUGAAAUGUCAGGAAAAUACAGCUGAGGAAAUUCAAUUUUCCCUAAGGGGAAGGCAAGUUGGUUUGAGAAGACCUCUUCCACCUAAGUGACAGUCAUCUCGUAAUCAGAUCUGUACUCUGGCUUUCCAUGUCUGAAGGAGAUGAAGGGCUGUGACCUUUCACUGUGUGAAGUUUGGUGCAGACAUAUGAAUGCCCACUGGUGGAUGAGCCAGCUCCUCUGACAGAUCUGCUGGGUCCCUGCCACAUACUUGUUCCAUUGUAUCCCAAGCAACAGCAUGGUAAGUAGAUGAAAAUCAGUCUGGAAUUGAGUCAUUUGUGCUAUUCGUUUUAAUUUUUGUAAAAUUGUCCUAAGAGAAGAGGCAACUCCUUUUCAGAGACUUUUUUUUUUCUUUCUAUGAUAUCUAA